GUGAAUCCUAACAGGCAGCGAUUGUAAGAAAUGGUCGUGUUACAACCCGGCAGGCAGUGCGGGCUGCAGCUGCUCGUGUUGGAACAGCAGAAGCAGCAGAAGCAUCUGUUGGAACAGCAAAAGCUGCAGACGCAGCAGAAGCAGCAGAAGCAGCAUGUUGUGGGCAGCCGUGCUGACUCCUGGACUUGCCGUAGUAGUUGUGCUACCACUGGUCAGUGUCCAUUGGACGACAGUGUGUCACGCACACACUGCAGAAGCAGCAGAAGCAUCUAUGCAUUCGUUCAUAUGCCCUCGUUGCCAGACGCCAGCUGUGAUGCCUAAAUGCAAGCUUUUUGAUGUGAAUCGAUACAAUCAGAUGAGAGGCAACAUGGCCCAAGCUCAGCCAGCGAUGGUUGCCCGCAGCAUAGCAACAGCCCAAGCAGUACCACUAGGAGGUAGAGCUAUGAACGUUCGCCAACCAAUUCCGCCAGCUCACGUAUCCACCAACAUUGAGUUUUGUUGCGCAAGCUCGGCUUCACGCUGGGCGCAGUACACAGCCACAGGUACUCGGCGUAGUCUGGGAACCGACAGCAUCCGACGCAACCGAAGGGUUCGUCGGUACUUCGCGCGGCGGCAAAGCGAGGGAGAUCGGCUCUCUUUAAUUUUGGGUGCCGUUGUAGCAGGACUGUGUGUCUGUGUGUCUGUGUGUCUGUGUGUCUGUGUGUCUGUGUGUUUGUGUGUUUGUGUCUUUGUGUCUGUGUGUCUGUGUGUUUGUGCGUUUGUGUCUUUGUUGCUUUGUGUCAGUGUGUCUGUGUGUAUGUAUGUCUGUGUGUCAUUGUGUCUGUGUGUCUGUCUGUAUUUGUGUCUGUGUGUCUGUGUGUCUGUCUGUAUUUGUGUCUGUGUGUCUGUAUGUCUGUGUGUCUGUGUGUCUGUGUGUCUGAGUGUCUGUGUGUCUGUGUGUAUGUAUGUCUGUGUGUCUGUGUGUCUGUGUGUCUGUGUGUCUGUUUUUCAUUGUGUCUAUGAGUCUGUGUGUCUGUGUGUCAUUGUGUCUGUGUGUCUGUGUGCCAGUGUGUCUGUGUGUCUGUGUGUCUGUGUGUCUGUAUGUCUGUGUGUCUGUGUGUCUGUGUGUCUGUGUGUCUGUUUUUCAUUGUGUCUAUGAGUCUGUGUGUGUGUGUGUCUGUGUGUCUGUGUGUCUGUGUGUCUGUGUGUCUGUGUGUCUGUGUGUCUGUGUGUUUGUGUCUUUGUGUCUUUGUGUCUGUGUGUCUGUGUGUUUGUGUGUUUGUGUCUUUGUGGCUUUGUGUCAGUGUGUCUGUGUGUAUGUAUGUCUGUGUGUCAUUGUGUCUGUGUGUCUGUCUGUAUUUGUGUCUGUGUGUCUGUGUGUCUGUGUGUCUGUGUGUUUGUGUGUUUGUGUCUGUGUGUCUGUGUGUCUGUGUGUCUGUGUGUCUGUGUGUCUGUGUGUCUGUGUGUCUGUGUGUCUGAGUGUCUGUGUGUCUGUGUGUCUGUGUGUCUGUUUUUCAUUGUGUCUAUGAGUCUGUGUGUCUGUGUGUCUGUGUGUCUGUGUGUCUGUGUGUCUGUGUGUCUGUGUGCCUGUGUGUCUGUGUGUUUGUGUGUUUGUGUCUGUGUGUCUGUGUGUCUGUGUGUCUGUGUGUCUGUGUGUCUGUGUGUCUGUGUGUCUGUGUGGCUGUGUGUUUGUGUGUCUGUGUGUCUGUGUGUUUGUGUCUUUGUGUCUUUGUGUCUGUGUGUCUGUGUGUUUGUGUGUUUGUGUCUUUGUGGCUUUGUGUCAGUGUGUCUGUGUGUAUGUAUAUCUGUGUGUCAUUGUGUCUGUGUGUCUGUCUGUAUUUGUGUCUGUGUGUCUGUGUGUCUGUGUGUCUGUGUGUUUGUGUGUUUGUGUCUGUGUGUCUGUGUGUCUGUGUGUCUGUGUGUCUGUGUGUCUGUGUGUCUGAGUGUCUGUGUGUCUGUGUGUCUGUGUGUCUGUGUGUCUGUUUUUCAUUGUGUCUAUGAGUCUGUGUGUCUGUGUGUCUGUGUGUCUGUGUGUCUGUGUGUCUGUGUGUCUGUGUGCCUGUGUGUCUGUGUGUCUGUGUGUCUGUGUGUCUGUGUGUCUGUGUGUCUGUGUGUCUGUGUGGCUGUGUGUUUGUGUGUUUGUGUGUUUGUGUCUGUGUGUCUGUGUGUCUGUGUGUUUGUGUCUUUGUGUCUUUGUGUCUGUGUGUCUGUGUGUUUGUGUGUUUGUGUCUUUGUGGCUUUGUGUCAGUGUGUCUGUGUGUAUGUAUGUCUGUGUGUCAUUGUGUCUGUGUGUCUGUCUGUAUUUGUGUCUGUGUGUCUGUGUGUCUGUGUGUCUGUGUGUUUGUGUGUUUGUGUCUGUGUGUCUGUGUGUCUGUGUGUCUGUGUGUCUGUGUGUCUGUGUGUCUGUGUGUCUGUGUGUCUGAGUGUCUGUGUGUCUGUGUGUCUGUGUGUCUGUUUUUCAUUGUGUCUAUGAGUCUGUGUGUCUGUGUGUCUGUGUGUCUGUGUGUCUGUGUGUCUGUGUGCCUGUGUGUCUGUGUGUCUGUGUGUCUGUGUGUCUGUGUGUCUGUGUGUCUGUGUGGCUGUGUGUUUGUGUGUUUGUGUGUUUGUGUCUGUGUGUCUGUGUGUCUGUGUGUCUGUGUGUCUGUGUGUCUGUGUGUAUGUAUGUCUGUGUGCCAUUGUGUCUAUGUGUCUGUCUGUAUUUGUGUCUAUGUGUCUGUGUGUCUGUGUGUCUGUGUGGCUGUGUGUCUGUGUGUAUGUGUGUCUGUGUGUCUGUGUGUUUGUGUGUUUGUGUCUUUGUGGCUUUGUGUCAGUGUGUCUGUGUGUAUGUAUGUCUGUGUGUCAUUGUGUCUGUGUGUCUGUCUGUAUUUGUGUCUGUGUGUCUGUGUGUCUGUGUGUCUGUGUGUCUGUGUGUCUGUGUGUUUGUGUGUUUGUGUCUGUGUGUCUGUGUGUCUGUGUGUCUGUGUGUAUGUAUGUCUGUGUGCCAUUGUGUCUAUGUGUCUGUCUGUAUUUGUGUCUAUGUGUCUGUGUGUCUGUGUGUCUGUGUGGCUGUGUGUCUGUGUGUAUGUGUGUCUGUGUGUCUGUGUGUCUGUGUAUCUGUGUAUCUGUGUCUGUGUCUGUUAUGUCUGCGUUCGAUUAUCGUCGAUUUCGGAGUACCGUUUGUGAGCACCGUCGAAGUGAGCACGAACCACGAUAGAAACAAGAUUCAAUUGGUUGGAGAGUCGACAACAACAGGAGAGGAAAGAAGGCAGGAACGAUCAUUCAACGCGCUAGAGCCGGACGAAGGAGAAGCAGCAGGAAGGCAGGAACGAUCCACCAACGUGCUAGCGCCUGACACAGGGAGGGUACGUGUGUAUCCCGCACCGGUUUUCAGCAGAGUGAUUUGUGUGAGUAUUGAAAAGUGCAUGUGCGAGUAAAGAGAUAAA